AUGGCCGCGCCAACGGACGGAAAUGACAUGCAAUACCCAGGUACGCCAGUUGUUUUGAAACCUUUGCCCACCCCUAUCGAGCCGGGUACAUCGCAGGAGCAGAUGUCGAUGAUAGAACAGCAGCAACAACAACAGUACUUCUCCUGGGGGACAGAACAGUCAUCUAGUGGAUGGUCAAUUGGCGAAGAAUCCGAACAGCAUACUUACCCAACUUCAGAGUAUCGAAGCGACGUCAUAUCCAUUUCAACCUCCUUCCCACCAAACACCGACCCGGCUCCAAAUACUAUAUUUGCGUCAAAUGACAAUGUCUACUUUUAUACCAUUUACCAGAACAUUCUCAAGGCUCUUCCCGACGCAUUCAGGCCGUGCUUAAUUGCACCGCUUUCUGAUCCUUAUUACCGUACCACAGUGAUUGUCCUUAAUCUGCCAAGUGGAGAACUCAAUAUUAUUCUUCAUGCACUCUACAAGACGUCCCCAGCCGACAAUGCACCAUCGUUCGAGAUGCUCGUGCGCGCUAUCGACCGUAUGCCAUCCUAUGGAUUAUCCGCGGAGCAUCUCAUUACACCUCAUACCCCUCUGUACCAGCUACUACUUGCACAUGCACCCCUGUAUCCGCUUGACUCGUAUGCAUUGGCUGCACACCACCACCUGGCACCGCUCGCAUCGACCGUGUCAUCUCAUCUGCUCUCGCAUGAUAUGUCGACGGUGUCCGACGAAAUGGCUGAGCGUAUCGGACCUGUGUACUUGAAACGACUGCUACUGCUGCAUUCGGGGCGUUUUACAGCGCUCAAAGAUAUUCUUCUUCACGCGCCUGAGCCACACCCGGAGACGGACACUUGUAGCUUUGAAGAACAGAGAAAGGUUACCCGUGCGUGGGCCCUCGUGUCUGCAUAUCUCGUGUGGGACGCCAAGCCUGAUAUAUCCACCCACAUACUCGGCAACGCUUUAAAUCCACUUCUUGAGCAUCUCACUUGUACCCAAUGCACAAAGUUGCUUGAGGACAAGAUAAAGGAUGUCAUGGUUCGUUGGACCGCAGUAAAGGUAAGCAAGUUGCUCAGGACAUUAUACAGUGAUCUGACGUUGCGCAAUCAGCGUACAAUUUAA